CCUCCUCCUUCCCUCCUCCUCCUCCUCCUCCUUCUCUUGAGCAGCCAGCAGCAGGUCAGCUCUCUCUGCCAGCAAAGCCUGAGCCAGGCUCUGCUCCUGGGCUGGGGCUCUCCUCCUCCUCCUCCUCCUCCUCUGUCCCUCCUCCCUCUGCAUCCGACAAGAUGGCGGGGUCCGUGGCUGAGAGGGACACCAUGAAAAUUGAGGACGGGCCCUUGAACAACUCCUUGGGAUCCCCAGUCCAAGCAGAAGUCUAUUUCCCACGGCUGAUCGUCCCCUUCUGUGGGCACAUCAGAGGAGGCAUGAGGCCAGGCAAGAAGAUCUUGGUCAUGGGCAUUGUGGAUCUCAACCCAGAGAGUUUUGACAUCAGCCUUACGUGUGGCGACUCAGAGGAUCCGCCUGCUGAUGUAGCUAUUGAACUGAAAGCCAUAUUCUCAGACAGACAGUUCCUCAGGAAUUCUUGCGUAUCUGGCGAAUGGGGAGAAGAACAGUCAUCUCUUCCAUACUUCCCUUUUAUCCCUGACCAGCCCUUUCGAGUUGAAAUACUUUGUGAGCACCCUCGCUUUAGAAUAUUUGUGGACGGACACCAGCUUUUUGAUUUUUACCAUCGCGUUGAGAAGUUGUCAGCUAUUGAUACGAUAAAGAUAAAUGGAGAUCUCCAACUUACUAAACUUGGCUGAACUCACUUUUUUUAUCAGAGGAACAAAACAGGAAAAAGAUAAAAACCAAAAUUUUAGAUUCCAGAUUGGCUCAGGUGCCACCAGCAUCUGUUUGAAGGAACAGUGACAGUGAUGCUAGAACACCUCCCUAAUACACAGGCAUCACAGUUUCCUUAUAAGCAGUAAAGAACAUCCUAAUGAAGUCAUGUUUAUCCUGAUGAAGAAAGAGAUUGAUGAUGAAUAGAUACUGAGCCAUUCUUCUUCCUUUGGAACUAAAAGAAAAAGAAAAACUCUACCCCUGCUGGAUAAUCAAGUUAUAAUGGAUCCUGAAAGAUUUACUUUAUUGUCUAAACUGUAUAAGCUAUUUAUCUUCCCAAUGAAAAGGCGGUUUUUGAAACCAAGUGCUAAAACUUUUACUAAAAAGCAAGGAAAAAAAGGAUUUGAUUUUUUUUUUGGGGGGGGGGAUGCUCCUGCACUUAAGUGGAUUAGUGUAAGUGUAACACAGAUCACAAAAGAGGGCCAAAUGUUGAAGUCAUUAUUCGGUGCCUAAUGCUGGUCUCAUGUGAACCAGUGGCAAAGGUUCUGUGGAUCUGGAUGGUGCAUGAUUGGUCAGACACAAUGACUUAACCCAGUAUAUUAUUGAGCACACAUGUCCCAUUGAAUCAGGGGAACUUCAGUGUGCUUAAUUGUGUGCUGGAUGGCUGCCAUUUACUAUUGUUUUUACCUUGGAAAGUUGGUUGCCAAAGAAAGAGUAAACUGAAUAAUGGCUUCUGGAUUUGGCUGCAUACUUUAGUCAGGGUAUGUGCAUAGAAUGUAGGUCAUUAAAUGUUUUGCACAAUGUAAUAUUAAUACAAUUUUUAAAAGCUUUUCUCUAGUUUAUUUAUUGAUACUCAUUGUGUUAGUGUGUUAAGAGUAAAAUUGAACAAUAUUACUAAAAUUUAAGAGCAGCAAAGUGUAAACUUUCUGAAUGUACAAGUGUUCUUUGGGCAAAUGUUAACAUAUCAUUUUGGAAGUAUGUCCUGUUUGUCUUUGGGCCGUUGGUGGUAUUCUUAGGGUGCCCUCACAGUUCACAAAAGCAUGGUCUGCUUGUGUCUUCACCAGAAACUGCUUUCAGUAUGUUGUAGCUCUGCUGUAAAUGGUAGAUCAGAACUAAUAGGUUUAUUGGUGCACAUAUUCUACAAUCCUGUACUUGCGUAUGUGGAAUAGACUCCAUUGAACUUAGUGGGAUGUAUGUUUGACUAGUCCUGUAUAGGAUUGCCUUGUUAGAGCCUGAGAGUACAAUUGUAUGUUUGCAGACUAUUAGCCCUUUGCGGCUACGGACA